CGCCGAUCGACGUUUCCACGGUAACAGCAUAAAAACAGCUCGGCUAAACCUCCGCAGGUUCCGGAAGGAAAAGACAAACUGCGUCAAAAGUGGCCCGCCGAAGGUUCGUUAUCGGGGAUAUUACGUCGCCAGAGAGGAUCGGAACCAGUCAGGAUGUCCAGUGACCUGGCCGGGGUGUGGGAGGUGGCGCUGAGCGACGGAGUCCACCGGAUCGAGUUUGAACAUGGGACCACCACCGGGAAGAGGGUCAUCUAUGUGGACGGGAAGGAGGUUGUGAGGCGGGACUGGAUGUUUAAACUGGUCGGGAAGGAGACCUUCAGCGUGGGCCAGACCGACACCAAAGCCACCAUCAACAUAGACGCGGUCAGCGGCUUCGCCUACGAGUACACGCUGGAGAUCAACGGGAAGAGCUUGAAGCAGUACAUGGAGAACAGAUCCAAGGUCACCAGCACCUGGCUGCUCAACCUGGACGGCAUUGACUGCAGAGUGGUUCUGGAGAAAGACACCAUGGAUGUUUGGUGUAACGGAGAGAAGAUCGAGACCGCGGGGGAGUUCGUGGACGACGGCACGGAGACACACUUCACCCUGGGAGACCACAACUGCUGCGUGAAAGCCGUGAGCAGCGGGAAGAAGCGAGACGGCAUCAUUCACACCCUGCUGGUCGACGGCACCGAGAUCGCCGAGUGCACCGAGUGACGGCCGCUGCGUCUGAAUGGCACCGCUGACCGGGCUGGGCAGGGAGCAGACUGUGAAGGGUUCCUUUAAAAUGGCGGGACGGCAGCAGGCGGGGGGGCCGUCCACGCCGCAGAUAUCAUAGCCUCACGGUCUGUGUAGUUAGAGGACGGGAGCCGCUGUCCGAGCAGCUAGAAACGUCAAUCAUAGGGGUUACUGUCUCAGAAGGUUUACAUUAAUAUUGAGGUUUUUUUAGUCCUAAAUGUAAUUUAUAAGUUAGAAAAACUGUCGAUCUUCUGCUGGUUCUGCUUCAGCUUCUGUUGUUGAACGUUAUUCUGAUGGAUAUAAACUCCAAGAACCGUUUCCCUGCUUUCCUCCGUGGUUUAAUGUUGCUGUAAGUUAUUUAUGUACCUAGAUUUCUGUGAAUGUUUCUCUCUGCCUGUUCCCUCUGCUGACAAUCGUCUUCAUUUCUCGGACCAGCCGGCUGUUUCGCUGCUGUAGGUGUCUGAAGAAAAAGAGGCUCCGUCUUCUCCUGCUGAUGGCUAGACAAUCACGCUGACCAUAGAAAGUUACACGUAGAGCUCCUGUACGCUGUGUGGAGACUUGCUGUUUGUCCCUGGAGAACUGUGAAACAUGCGGGCUUUCAUGUUGUAGUGUACAGAAUUCAAGUCAAACGUUUUCUGUGUAUUUAUAGAGAAACCGGGUUGAAUACUUUUUUUUGUUGUUGUCAGUACUGUCUGGAUGUUUCAGUCCUUGGAGAAGAUUCACCAGUAAUAACUGAUGGAAGAUGUCAAUUAAAGGACUAAUCCUGUGUUUUCUGAGA